AUGAUUUCUAGUGGUGGUAUAGUUGUGGAUCCAUCGAAGAUAGAUGUUGUGUUACAAUGGGAGAAUCUGAUGUCUGUUAUGGAGAUUAGAAGUUUUCUUGGGUUGGAUGGUUACUACAGGAAGUUCAUUGAAGGUCUUUUGAAGUUAGCGUUGACUUUGACUCAGUUGACUCGAAAGGGUCAUGCCUACGUUUGGGAUGUGCAUUGUGAAGAAAGUUUACAAGAACUCAAGAAGAAGUUGACAUCGACUCCAAUUUUGAUUUUGUCUAAUCCAAGUGAAUUCUUUGUUGUGUAUUAUGAUGCUUUGAAGAUAGGUCUAGGAGGUUGGCUAAUGCAUAAUGGUCAAGUUAUGGCUUAUUCUUCUACACCGUUGAGAGUUCAGGAAAGGAACUACCCUACAUAUGAUAUUGAGUUAGCAACUGUGGUAUUCACGUUGAAGAUUUAG